AUGGAGCCAUUCUUGGUCUGCCAGAAAAAAUUUUGACAAAAAGAUCCUAAUCUGCCAUUACCACUGAGUUUUGGUGUUUCCAAAUUUUUUUGACAAGCCAAAUGCAUCAUCGCAAAAGAACAAUUGUUUUUAUUGCAUUUGGCUUUCCCAAAAAAUUUGGAAACACCAAAACUCAGUGGUAAUGGCAGAUUAGGAUCUUUUGUCAAAAUUUUUUCUGGCAGACCAAGAAUGGCUCCUUAG